AUGAGCUGUUCCAUAUGCUCGCGUGCCCCUCAUUCCCGCCUUUCUUUCCACUGUCCGACAUGUGCCCGCAAUCAGCUAUAUCAACUACGAAUCGACAGCACCCACGUUCUUCUGGAGAAAGAAGUCCUUGGAAAGCAAAUCGAAACCGCUGUCACCUGUGGUAGCCGCUGGGAUCCGCCUUCCCCACAUGAACGAGACCUGCUCGACACAGACAAAGCUUGCUCUCCCCGCUGGGUCCUCCAAACGGUAAGCACUCGACAUGCAGUAUCUUUGGCAAAGAGGGAAUUGGUUUCGCAUCAGCUUGAGGCUUUGAAAAUAGAGGUCGAAGACAAAAGGGCCCAGAUUGCAAAGCAAAAAGAAGUCCUAGCACGCAGACGGUCAGAUGCUGAAUCUGCCAAGUUUCAACUAGAAGAGCGGGAAACUGGGAUCCUGGCGGGCGUUCAAAAUACCAGCAAACGGGUGGAACAUGUCUGGCAUUCCCUCCAUAGCAAGACGGCAGAGUCACGUAUUUAUCUUUGUCGAGAAGUUGCCAAUCUCUAUGGCCUGCGGAAGACUACGAAGAAGGGCCAAGGUCGGGAGACAUAUGUGCUUGGAUGUGGUUUUAUCGUUGACUUGAGGGAUAUGAACGGCAAGUUUCCACCGGCCCGAGGUAUUCCACAUGAACAGAUAUCCACGUCUUUUUCUAACAUAGCUCAUCUUCUGAUCAUUGUCUCACACUAUCUCUCCUUGAGACUUCCCGCCGAAAUUACAUUGCCUCACAAAAACUAUCCUGUGCCUACAAUCUAUACCCCCUCAGCAUCAUAUCGCUCGCGCGACGGUCACGAUGGAGCUGAUUACCCGUCUUCGUUGAGUCCAGCUGCAUCAAGGACGGUGGACCCUCGCAUCCACACACCACGCCCGCGGCCUCUCUUCAUCGAUAAGCCUCUACCCCGGUUAGCGAAGGAGGAUCCCGCAACAUACGCCUUCUUUCUUGAGGGAGCCACGCUCCUGGCAUGGAAUGUUGCAUGGUUAUGUCGAACUCAAGGGAUAAACCUCUCAUCGGACUCUUGGGAGGAAGUCUGUGAUAUUGGAAAAAGCUUGUGGCAACUUCUGGUUGCUCCGCCAGCCCAUCCUUCGACUCUGAUGCGAGCUUUUGCCGGCCGAGACACGCAGACACAAAUGAAAUCUGCCAAGGAUUCUCCCAGAACCACGAUCCAGCGGACAACUUCCUUUCCCAUGUUGGGUCACUAUUCUCAUGGCACGGCACAUUCUUUCCUGGGAGCAUCGGAAGGAGUUGAAUUCAUGCGAAUAUGGAAACUCCCAACCCCAACCAAGAUUGUGGAUAAAUUGAAGUCCAAUCUUCUAGGGGAAAUGGCCAGCGCGGAAUGGGAAUUGCUAGAAGAAAAAGAAUGGGAUGAUGCCGCCACGGAUUCUUCUCAGUCCUCUGCCCGGCAAAGUCGCAAGGUCAUUGUCCCGGGCUCUCAAUCUGGAUCGGUGGAAAUAGACAGAACUACUACAAAAGCACGUUCUGGGAGGACUCAAGGCAAUGAGGAUGCCUCUUCCCCGCGACCCAAAGGCACCAAAGGAUGGACUAAGGUAGCAGACUUGAAGCGUGCCCUCUCCGCAAUUUCAGAAAUCCCUGACGCUCUCUUGCGAGCAGAACUUCUUCGGCGAGAUGGAGCUUCAGACGAUACACCGGCAUGCGGAUCCAAGGACCGGGGGGCCUAUAACACCCCGUUGCAUGUCAUGGCACUGUUCCUCAUCCUUGGACUGAGUACAUUCGCUUGCUCUUUUCCGGUUUUGGCGCGCCGUUUCCCUGGUCUCCCCAUUCCCCGUCGGUUCCUCUUUAUAUCGAGACAUUUUGGAACGGGUGUAUUGAUAGCGACGGCAUUUGUCCAUCUGCUCCCCACUGCAUUCGUCUCUCUGACCGAUCCAUGUCUCCCCCGAUUUUGGAGUCAAACAUAUCGUGCUAUGCCAGGGUUUGUUGCAAUGAUAUCGGUCUUUGCAGUCGUUAUCGUGGAAAUGUUCUUCGCGAUGAAAGGCGCAAAGCACGUGCACGGAAGCGAAUAUGAUAAUCUCAUUGGCGAGGUCAGGUGUGACUCAAUACUCCACGGGGGAAAUCCAGUCGAUUACUCGGGGAUAGAGGCCCAGCAGGUUUCAGAUAGUAUCUAUCUAGAUAGCAUGGGGAAUAACUCGAAGUCGCGGGCGACGAGAGCUUCAGGCUCGUCCCAUGAAUCGGACCGCCCUCACCUGGCGAACUCAUCACCGGAUAAAGAGGAUGAUGAGGAUGACCUUGAUGAGCUGGAUGAUUACAUGGAUGAUGACGGGCUUAUCAGUGGACAAGCAGCCCAUUCUGCGCAGUCACGGCCUGUCCACCGACAUCGACCCCGUGAAAGCGAAAGCCACCGACAGCAGACCGACACAGAUGCGCCGAUCCAGAAUCCGCAACGUCAGCUUCUACAAUGCCUCCUCUUGGAAGCUGGCAUUUUGUUUCACAGCAUCUUCAUCGGGAUGGCGCUCAGUGUUGCGACUGGCACCUCCUUCGUCGUCCUGUUAAUUGCAAUCAGUUUUCAUCAGACCUUUGAAGGUUUUGCCCUAGGAUCUCGGAUUGCGUCGCUCAUUCCAGAUCUGUUCGCUCCUAAUUCAAUGAAACCAUGGCUUAUGUCACUGGCAUACGGAACAACAACUCCCCUUGGCCAAGCUAUCGGUUUGGUUCUACACAAUCUCUACGAUCCUGCCAGCGCAACAGGUUUGCUGAUGGUUGGCAUCACCAAUGCAAUUAGCAGCGGUCUUUUGCUCUUCGCGGGGCUAGUGGAACUCCUCGCCGAGGACUUCCUGAGUGAGUCGAGUUAUGAGACUCUCAGGGGCAGACGACGUGUUGAGGCUUGUGUGUCUGUUGCCUGCGGUGCUCUCCUUAUGGCAUUCGUCGGAGCCUUUGCUUGA